AUGUCACUCCCCACCACCCCAACAUUCAUGACCUCUUACGUCACCGGAUGGGAAGAAGCUCGCGUACACCCAGCACUAGCCUGGCUGGAAAAAAUUACAAAAACCUUUGACACCCGCGAAUCCUGGUCCCACCCCUGGUCUGACUGGCACACAGACGAUUACACCUUCAUCGCGCCCAACGGCACCGUCACGACCGGUGGGGAGCCAGCCGUCACAGCCACGCAAGACGAUUAUCGCCGUUUUACGGAGUUUAUCCAUGAGCCGGUUUGGGCUUGCGUGUACCAGGGAGACGAUGGGGCGUGGCAUAUUGUUGCGGAGGCGGCGGUGUUUGCGAAUCUGCCGGGAGAGAGCAGGGAGAAGAAGUUCAAGGAUCGGGACGGGAAGAUAUGGGAUGCGAAAGUUGGCGGGAUGUUUCGGUUUGAGUAUGUGAGUGUUGAGGGGGCGGUGCAUGAUGGUUUGAAGAUGAGGAAGUUGACUUGUUUUUGUGAUACGGCGCCGAUGGCAGUGGAGAUGUUGAAGAGGGGGUUGAUGAAGCCGGAGGAUUUGAUGAAAUAG